AUGAUCAUUUAUGUUACAUCAUUUAUGGUGAUCUUAAAAAUUUUAAAAAAUAAUAAUAAUAUUGACAAAAUGUUAACUAGUAUAUUAUUUAAUUUAAAAUUAUCAACAGUGAUAUUACUAUAUUACUCAGGCGAAGCUAAAAUCAGAUUCGAGGAUAAGCAGAAAGAGUUAUUGGAGCAAAAUGAAGAGUUCAAAUUUGAUAACAUUAAUAAUAAUAAUAAUAACAAUAGUUUUUUAUCAAAUUUCAUUCAGCUCGAAUUUCACCAUGGAUUUUAUUAUAUUUUAGCAUAUGGGGUUUUAUCAUCAAUCGUAUAUUUAUUAAAGUCUCAACCAGAUCCAAAGCAAUCACAUAAUGUUCAGUAUUUAAAUCAAUUAACAUUAAAAGAGUUCCUAUUUAAAUCAUCAAAUUCACAAGAAAUCAAAGAUAGAUACUUUUUACUCGAGCUUUAUACCACAUGGUCACCACCAUGCACUUAUUUAGCAUCCACCUUUGCAGAUUUAUCAUUUUUAUACCCAGAAAUUAAUUUUGGAAAGAUUGAUAUAGGAAGAUGGAAAAAUAUAGCAUAUGAAUACGAUAUUAACGAUUCAGUAUCAAGCAAACAAAUACCAUCUCUCAUAUUGUUCAAGAAUGGAAAAGAGGAAAUGAGAUUACCGUAUAGAAAAGAAGAGUACCAAUUACCAUACGAUAAAAAAUUAGAAAAAAAUGAAAAAUUAUUUGCACCCACAAACUUUACUUCUGACGAUAUUAAAAUUUAUUUUGAAUUGGAAAAAUUAAGAAAAGAGGUCAAUUCAAGCAAAUCAAAAAAAACAAAUAAUAAAAAGAAAGUAAAUUAA